GCUGCCUCUGGAAAGUGAGUUCAGUCGUGUCCGCGCGAUCGUGUUGCACGAUAUUUACCUGCGCGUGCAAACUCUCGAAUUCAGGAGCGUACCGUUCGCUCCGGGAGCCUCGCGAGUGCUACACAAUCGCAUCCUUGCACGCUGCCAACGACCAGCUAGACAAGAUGCUGUCGAGGUUGCUGGUCGUAUUCUGGAUGGCACUUCCUCUAGCGCUAUCUCAGAGUAAUUAUGCGUCACAGGGAAACAGUAUCGAAUAUCAGCCUGGUUUGCCGCCCAGCACAGUGUUAAAUGGAAAAGUAACAAAAUUGGACGACAUCUCGUCGAUGAUAUUUCUGAAUCGUACAAAGGCCUACCUGAAUUGCAGUCAAGGGAGCAUGCAGGUGGAGCUGAAAUUCGAGGAACCGUUUUACGGGGUCGCGUACGCUGAUUUCGAUCGAAACAGUGCCUGCAUAUUCAAAGGACGCGGAUCGACCAGCGCCAAGUUGGAAUUGCCUCUGAAAGGAUGCGGCACGAGGCAGGAUCCUCAACGCGUGUUCACAAACAACGUUGUAGUUCGCUUCCAUCCUGGCCUCGAAAUGGACGGCGACGAAGUUAUUACGAUAGUUUGUAGGUAUCCUCCGCCUGUGGCACCUGCACCGCCGGCUCCUCCGGCCAGCAUCUUGGCUACCCCGGCGCCAGUCCCGCCAUCCGAACCACCGUUGAAAGGAUUUCAGAUUCUGCUCAUCAUCUGCGCGAUUCUGUUCCUUUCGUUGCUGUUACUUGGCCUCGGUUGCUCGUACAUGUGCUUGAAACGAAGAAACGUUCGCGUGAUCCACCGACAUCCGUUCGGAAGUGGCUCGGGCUCGGAAAUAACAAAACUCUCCACUUCUUCCCUAAGCAACAUCACCAUGUUCGAGGGCUUGAAGAUACCUAGGGCUCAUGCUCUUCUACACGCACCUCCGUCCACCACCGGUAGCGAUGCCAACCUGAUGAUCGACCAUUCAUUACCCAGCGAUUAUCCGAGCGAGAGCUCCGAGGUGGACGAAGAACCUUCUCUGCCAGUUUCAUCCGCCGGCUCUUACGACAACAAAGCCUUUGUUCACCACGAGACUCAUCAACGCCAAGAAAUUCGUACCACCAGCUCCCUUUAUUCCGAGACAGUUGCCGCAGAAGUGGAAACGUCUUCCAUGACAGCGGCAAACGCUUCACGCACCGCAGUUCCUCGCCAUAUGGUAGCCAUGCCGAUCGAACCCAAGUUCGACGUUCAAAUGAGAGUGAAGCGAGCGCCACCUCCUCCUCCAAGUCCCCUACCCUCGGAAUCCGACAUAGCAAGCGUCGCUCUAGAAAGAAAUCUGACCACGAUUCUCGAAAAGGAAGAAUCUAGCCUCACGCGCAGUCUUGACAGUCCCCCGGCCAGGAUGACUACGUUCUCUUACGUUCCGGAGCUCCAUGGACCUCCGGGAGGCGCUCCACCCACGUCCAGCAUCUCCAGGCAGCAAACACCUCCAGUCUACUCGAGAAUCUUGAGGAAGCAGGCCGAGAGGGACACCACGACCAGCACCAGCAUCGUUCAGGAACGAAUUCCCUCACCUUCUCCCAUAGAACAGCCUCCUUUGCAACACCAUGAAAUUCGUAGACCCAGAUCCUUGACUUCCUUGAACACCGAGCUAACCGAGACACGUUCUCUGACCGAAGUAACUGAUCAUACACACGCCAAGUACAGAGUGGCUAGUAUCCUAGCUCCGACUCCACCGCCGCCUCCUCCAAUUGUUCCAACAGUCACUACUACCCACACAGCUGUUCAGCAUCGUGAGCAUCGCCUCUUCCGCGAGGAAGUGACGGAGCCUUUGGUGGAGCCGCAGGUUGUCGCUCCUAGGCGGCCAGAGAUAACCACGCACGAAGUGGACGAUGUGUUUUUAAAGACAGUGACGGAGAAGAAGACCAUCGAGGAUGUGGAACGUCACCGUCGUCAGGUGACCGAGUAUAGAACUAAACCGCCACCGCCGGAUCCUAAGUGGGACGUUACUAUCAGGAAUUAUCCUAAAGAGAAUCUGCCACCGCCUCCUCCAGAAUGGGAAAACUUUUCUGAUGUUAGUUCCAACUCGAAUCUGACGAUUACCAAUGAGCCAACGGGCAGUCAGAUGGACGGGCCAGCUGACGAGGAACUGGACAUCAAUAUAGAGCCUACGUAUACCGCUAGAGCCGAGAUUCCUUGCAGACCACCUCCAGUCACCCAUCGUCGUUCCAUCGAUGAAACAGACGCUGAUUGGUUCUCUAGACUAUCUCGUGUCUUGGACCCCCGUUAUGCCUCCGAAUUCACUGACGGAGAACGAGCAAAAUGGCGCGAGAUAAUUACCACGGACAGUACUUUACGGACCCUGUUAACAGAAGCCGUGGUUAAAGAGGACUACGAAUUGAUACGAAAAGAUACCAGAUAUGCCCAUCUAUUCUCUCCAGCAAAGUGGGACGUGAUCAUCCGAAUCUUGGGGCCUCCUGCAACACAGCCAGGUUCCGCUUCGUGCUCUACCCACGGAAAGAAUCACGGGCAGCGAUAUAAGAGGUCCAAGUCCUCUGAAUGGGAUACCAGAUCGAGAAGAUCAUCCUUGCCUACUUUGUACGAGUACGAGAGCGAUGGAGGUAGUUCUGCUCAUACUCAGAGCCACAGACUGCAGGUAUCACAGUCUACAGCGGCUAUGAGCCAGUCGAAUCGUUUACGUCGACUGGCAUCGAGUAACAGAGGCACAGGCGGCGUUAGCGAGGCGGACGUUAGGUCCAUGUCGGAGAUGACGGUGAGAGACUUUGCCAGAGUGGACAGAGACGACUUGACGAGUUUGAGUUCGUUCGAGGGAGCAGAUUCGCUGGUGAGAUCCUUGAGUCAGCCAAGUUUGGCCAGAAGCGGUUCAGAAUUUACCGAACACUGGGGAAUUCCCUCGGGCAUGCUGGAUCUCCCGCCUUGGACAGCGGAGGAGGAGGAAGAGGAGGAGGAGGAGGGAACCAGUUCUGUGGAGACGACGCCCAGAGCGGUGAGAAGAAACGAUCGUCUGGAGGUGCUGGCGUCGUUCGACGAUCAUAGGCAAGGAUCAUCCACCACUAGAUCGAGUCGAUACAUGGAGAGGGAAGUGAACAGUGUGCACGUGACCGAGAGCCAGAGGAGUUCCAACUGGUUCCACGAUGAUUCUGAGCCAGAGAUGCAGAUAUGAAGAUGUUUAAGAGAAGCCGCCUACGUGUUCCAUUCUCUCCAACGUCUUUCUUCGAGUUUUUAUAAAAUCGAGUUGUUAUAAGAAAUUACACAUGAUCAUUAUGGCAGAGGUUACGAGUAUUAUGCGGAUCGAAAGUUAUCGAGGAGAAAUCAUGCCAGUUUGAUUAGGUAUAGUAUUAUGAGAGGAUAGAGAAGGAAAUAGAAGACAGAUACGCUAUUGUUUAUAAGUAUUUGGAUGCCUGGUGCAAUCUCAUCGAACGAUUUACGUUUCUCUUACAUUUUCAAUAUCGUAACGAAAGAACCCUGAAUGAAUUCUUUACAUCUUU